AUGUAUCCUCCACCAGCGUUCACCAAUGAGGGGCUCAAAGAACAACCGUAUCCCCCCGGCUUCAUCAUCCAGCCUCCUCCACCGCCAUACUACACCCCACCAGGGCCAAUGCCAACACAGACACCAGCCCCCACCAUGGUGAUCAGUACACAACCAUACGUGGUGGCCAUGCCUCAGCGUCCAUACAGGGACUACAUGGUCCUCUCCAUGGCCACUCUUCUUCUCUUCUGCUGGCCCCUUGGGAUCGCUGCAGUGAUGUACUCCUCCAAGACACGGGACGCCCUGAGGAGGGGAGACCCAUUAAUGGCGGCUCAAUACUCCCACACCGCGUGGAUCAUCAAUAUUGUGGGGAUGGUGAUCGGCUCCCUCGGUCAUGCCGCAUGGAUCAUAUACGUUAUUUAUUUCUAUUCUACGAGGGGCGGAUAUCACAUCCAGCUGUAUGGAUAGAUGACAUCACCGCCAUGAUACUGGAUGCGCCGUGAGUGGACAUUUGUGUUCUAUGUAUUGCACUGUUCUCUGCUUCCUGUCAGUGAAUGAAAAGAUCUUUAUAG